AUGCCUCAGGUUGAGUCUGCUAUGUCGUACCUUAGAAUGGCCCAAGGUGUGUACGAUAACGCUCAUCAACCAGAGGAAGUUUUGACCAAGGCUGCAGAGAAUCCUCGUGUAAAAUUUCUCUGGUUCUACGAGCUUUGUUUCAUCGCGAAUUUCACGGAUUACUUUCUGAAAGCAUAUUAUCCCGGCGAAAUCACCCAGGCAGACAUGAUCAUUGUCAACGCGGGAUUAUAUUGGCUUUUCCUGGAGUGCAAGAACGUCACGACAGACCCAUCCAAAAGAUCACAACUACAGAGUCACGCGGAGAUCUGUAGGGACAACUUGGAGACGGUCCUGUCUCUUCUUCCGUUCCAUGCCAAUGACUAUGGACAUGGUAUUCGCUUUAAGCUUGGCGGCUUUUAA